AGGUUUUAGUGAUGUAAAAAGUGGCAUUGAAAACGAAGUGUUUUGAGUGUGUGGGGUUUGUUCACCUUAUCUCAAACAGUUAUCUAUGACAAUAAUUAGCUGCUACAUUUUAUGUAAUGUGAAGAGAGAGCCCCGAUUUCGAUUCCUCACACAGACAUUUAUGUCUUUGGCACGUAUUUUCACAACAAUAUUCAGUGCCAGAAUCUGCAGGCAAUAUCAGUGCCAUUCUUUUAGUGCAUUAUGAUUUGACAUCGAAACCACUGGACAGCGAGGCAUUUUAUAGUUUAUUUCAUCACGCAGGAUUCACGAGUCACUGUUUGGGAUCCAAAGGCAUGUGGACUUUCCUGCAUAUGGGUUUUUCCAGCACCCUUGUGACCUGGAUAUCUUCUUUGGGGAGUACAUCUAUAAUCAUCUAGGCAGGAGUUCUUAUUUGAGUAGAUUUCGCAUUGGUACUUGUCGGGUUGGCUCUGGUUUACUAUAAAAAGGUUUUCAUUUUAUCUAUGGACAAACUCAGUGACGAUGAGGUUGGCCUUAUACUGAAGAGGGUAACAGACAGGGCAGAGAGGAAAACUUGUUCGCAGGUGUGUAGACAAUGGAGAAGAGUUGAAGGACCCACUCGUACUGUAUUAAAAGUUCUGGAUCCGCAGCUUUUACAUUCAUUUCUUCCAAGAUACCCAAAUUUGUUGAUUCUGGAAGCAGGAAGAGGAAUCACAGACUCUGAUUUAGAAUUAAUUGCUGACACCUGCCCCUCACUGCAAGUUCUCAAUCUCAAUCUCAGGCAAACUGUGAGCUUCUUAGAGGCCUUCGAGGAGUCUGAUAUGGAAACAGUGACUGAUGAAGGAAUCUGUGCUAUUGCUGCAGGAUGCAGGGAUCUAAGGAGGGUUUAUUUGAGGAGAAGGAAUGGGGUGGGCAAUGUUGGAGCAACUGCACUUAUUAAAUCGUCUUCAAAUCUUACACAUUUAGAUCUGUCUUGGUGUCAUGGAAUAACAGAUCAGGCCCUUGAGGCAAUGGGUGCAGCGAGUUCAUUGCAGGUUCUUAUAUUACAUGGUUGUACUUUGGUUACAGAUUGGGGUUUAGCUUCUUUGGCUACAGGAUCUUCAGCAAGGACAUUGAAGAGGCUGGACCUUCGGGAAUGUGACCAGAUUACAGACUUUGGGGUGAGUCUUCUACAGCAGCUAUCCUGCUUGCAAGUUCUUAACUUGGCUGAGUGUGGGCCCAGAGUUACUGAUACCGGGGGUGUGGCUCUUGGUGCAGUUUCGAGCCUCGAAAGCUUAAAUUUUUCAUGGUUGAUCAACAUAUCAGAUGUUUCAUUGCUUGCUGUUGCUGAGAACUGUCACAAUCUAAAGGAGAUAAAUGUCACUGGAUGUGAGCUAAUUACAGGUUUUGGAGUCAGAUCAUUUGCUCGGCACAAAUCCUUACAGGUGUUGAUAUUGGCUUCCUGUUACAAUGUGUACAGUGAUGAUAUAGAACAGACAGUGCAUGAGUGCCCAACUUUGUUGUACUUGGGACUUGAUAAAGGUCUGAGACGCUGGAUUCCAGAUGCCCUACUGGAGAGGAUCCAAGGUCGUUGUCGCAUAGAAUGGUUAUAAAAGAGUGGCCUCUGUUGAAGAAUUUAAGGGAAGUCAAGAAACGUUUGCAGCAAUCUUGCUGAAUGCUUGGGCUCUGGCAUAUGAGUUAAACUGUCCAUGGUUUCCUUGCAUGAUAGAUUGGGGAAAGUCAGAAUUGUAAAGGUGUCUGAGCAUCUGUACAUAUAUAUUCUCUUACUUCCUUUUGUAAAUUAAAAAAUUCUUUACAAAGCAUUUAGAGGGUGGACAUCCCCAUAAAAGCAACAGAACUUUUGAAAUUUUGAUGCCUCACAAAAUCAGGGUCUUUUUGCUUCAACAUCGUAGGAUUUGUAAUUAGCUCCAUUGUCCACCAACAUACCUAGAAAGAUAUUCACCAUAUUAACCAAUUAUAAGUGGAGGGCAUGCUUAUUGUGAUCUGAUCUAUCAAAUCCUACUUUACCGAAUUUUCACCUUU